UUAGAAACAAAAAUGCCAUCUGGUUCAAAAAAGAGGAGAGCUGCCAAGAGGAAGAAGGAAGCAAAACAAAAUGAAGAGUUUACUACAGUUUCUGUUGUCAAAAUGACUAUACCAGUUGAAGAAUUGGCUAAAGGAGCUGUUUGGCAUGAAGCAACUUCUGUUGACAAGGAAAUUGGCAAAGGCAAGAAUAUAAUAGUAGAAGUUCCUAAUGAAUUUAAGGCACAGGCAAAAGAAACUGAUGUUUCUAUGAAAUUGGUUGAAUUGAAUGAAGUCAAGAACACAAUUGAUGAAGUUUCUGAUAAUGUGCCGUUGGUGGAUGUUACAUCUAAUGAGGAUAUUUUAGUGUCAAAUGAUGUACCUGUUUUGUCUACGAAUACUUGUUGCAUAAUGGAGAACGUUGAAUCUAGUGGAAUUUCACAAGAACAUGGAUCUUCUGGAGUGGAAACUGAACCAUUGACUAGUGCAGUUGAACAAAUGAUUGAGCAAUUAUCUGAUGAUGUAACGGCUGAUGAAAUUAUUGAAAGGGAUGUACCUGGUGUGGUGACUGAUGUCGAAGUAUUGGAAGCAAAUGAAGUUGAUACUGGUUCAGAUGUGUUUAAGGAUGAUUCUGUGAUGGAGAAUGUUGUUGAAGGAAAUGAAGAGUCUUUGUUGAAUGUUAAUACAAAUGAUCAAAAUAAAGAAAUUUCGAAAGAUGUAAUGUUUGUGUCUCAGAAUUCUGGUUGCGUUGUUGAAAGUGUAGAGUUGGGUGAAUCUGUUGUUGUACCUGAGAUGACGAUAGACAGUGCUCCAUUAGUCUCUGUGAACGUGAUGUCCAACGAGAGUAUUAAGGAAGAAGUAAACAAUGGCAUGAUCCAUGGUCAAUCUGCUGAUGCAGUUGAAGAAGAAAACAAUGGUCUGUCCCCUCAAUCAUCAAAUGAACUUGUAAAGCAAAAUGCUGCAUCUGCUGAAAAAAUUGGAUUAUCAGACUCCAAUGAAACAGGAACAGUUUCUCCUUCUACGGAGGAUAAUGUUACUGAGACACGAUCCAACCCCAACGAAUUACUGGAUGUUCCCCAAGUAACAGUUCCAAGAGAAACUGAGGAUCAAGUUUAUUUUGCUUGUCCUAAGGUACAUUUGCUUUUUUGUGUGUUUUAUUUGGUAGUCUUGGUAUACUAAUAUUC